AUGGGAAAUACGACAACACCUCGUGGAGCAACUACUGGUGAUUUCAAUAUAGAGGCAUCAUCAAACUCUGGAGCCCGAAAUUACUGGUCAGCCAACAAAAAUUACGACAUUGAUCAUUCAGAUACCAAUUUGCAAUUUUCACAAUACGUGGCUACUCCCACUUCUAAUCUCGCACAAUCCACUGGAGAGAGAAACACACCAAUUCUUUCGAAAGGCAGUGUACUGUUUCCAACAACCACCACAUCAAUAUCUCGUACGAGUUCUUCUCGUCCGAUCACUGGCACAACAACCAGCAAAACUCCUAGCUCAACAAGAGAAGUCACAAAGCCGACGAUCAUGUCCAGAGAUACAUUACCGCCUCAACAAUCAACGGGCGACAUGAUGUUUCAACAAUACGAUCAACAAGUUUAUAAUAAUUCCCUUGUACCACCACCUCAGCAAUCGUCGGGAUACAUACCAACAGAAUCGCCUGAGAGUUAUUUGCAAGCACUACCGCAAAUUGUGUUCACUUCACCAGUGCAACCACAGUCGAAAAACUCUUCGGUUUUUACCAAAUCAUCACCACCGAUUAAAGAGAGCUUUUCAAGAAAUUUUGAGGAGAGUUCACCACAAGCGUCUAGAAUUCCAAGCAACUCAAAGAAAUCUAUAACCAAGCCAGUUCAACCAAAAAAAGAAACAAAAGGAGACGAAGAAUAUUCCACAAAACUUGAAAAAAUUCUACAACCCUUAUCGAUUUCUGUAUACAUUAAUUUUGAGGAAAAGAAUAUUUUCGCAACCAUCACUGAGAUCUCCACUGUGACAGAGUUGAAAACGUUGGCAAAAGAAAAAUUUAACAAAUUACAAAAUGAGGACGACAAGAAUAUUGAACUCUAUUAUGACUCGGAUCAAUUGAAAAAUAUUGGCGUGACAGAUGACAAUGCAGUCAAUGUUAUGAAACGUACUUUCAGUAACAAAGUCAAUGAGAUUUCUGUUCUUAGAGUGGUAUUAAAUAAGCCAUUACAACCUAUGAAUGAACCUGUAGAAAUACCAUACAAGUUUUCUGUAGAAUAUGUAAAUAAUGUAUUUCAAACAUCAACCAAGAAAUUUAUCAUGAAAGUUUCAAGCAUAGAAACAAUUUCCUCGUUUAUCGCCAAGAUUGUUGAGCGUUGUGAUUUUCCUCCAGGAAAGGAUUUAUAUUCUUUACAAUUUUUGGACAAAACUUUUAAUCAAUUUAUUGACAUUCAAGACAUGGAAGAAAUGGAACUGGAUCGACAAGGAGUGAAUGAACUCAAACUCAAGAAAAACACAACCAUUGCCAAAAAAGUGGGAGCAGAUAGUAUGGCCAAUUAUUCUAAUGCUUUCGUUGGCGUCUUGAUCAAGAAUAGAUAUCUGGCAACAGAUAUUCUAGGAAAAGGAGGAUAUGGCAUUGUGAUUGGCUGUGAAGAUACACUCACAAAUGAAAAGCUUGCCAUUAAAUUUAUUCUCUCCAGCAAUGAUCACCAAUAUGAAAAAGAGGAGGACACAAUCAAAGAAGAAGAGAGCGCAAAAAGAGAAGCCACAUUUAUGAAAAUGCUCCAACACGAACAUAUUGCAACAGUGAAACAAGUUUUUACAUGGAAAGAAGUUUUGGAAGAAACACCAGAAUUUAGUGGCAAUGUGUUAUUCUCUCCAUUAUUAUGUAUUUUAAUGGAACGAUACAUGUAUGGAAAUGUCAUGCAAACCAUACUGAUCGAUCAGGGUAAGAAAGGACCUAUUCCUCUGAAACUUGUUUUCCAAAUUAUCUUCCAAAUGGCCAAAGCUGUUUCUUUUAUACAUGCGCAGAAUAUUAUUCAUAGAGACAUCAAACCACAUAACAUGCUCAUUCGAUCGUUUGAUCCUUCAAACAAUGAAAUUCAUGUCGUAUUAUCAGAUUUUGGAACAGCUAAAUCAGAUAUUCAUACGACACGUCAUACACAAAUUGGAACGUUACUUUUUGAAGCACCUGAGGUAUUACUCCAUCAUUCGUAUGGACUUUCUGCUGACAUGUUUUCACUGGGCGUCACCUUAUUUCAAUUACUUUCCCUUAAUGUGGACUAUAAUGUUUCAUUUAAAUUAAUUCAAAACGAAAAAGAAUGUCAAAACGAUAUGAUGAACUUGAUCCUAAGAAAUUACGCAAGUUAUAAUGGAGAACAAGCUUACAAAGAUGUAGUCCUUAAGGGACUGAUGAAUAUCGUCCAGAGACUAUCAAAGCUGUCACCACAAGAUCGACUGACGAGUCAACAACUCGCACAAGAAUUGGACAUUUUGGAACUUGAGAUUUAUUAA